AUGGUUGGCCAAGUCACUCGUCCCUGCGAGGGCAACAGAUUAUUAGUAUUCGGACCGCAAACUCUGUCUCUCGAUGCAGCUGCCUUCCAUACUCUUCAGACCACGGUAAUGCAAAUGGGAAGCAAUGCAUGGGUUCUUGACACCAUCGCGGAGCUACCGCAUUGUUGGGAAGCAUUCGUGGCAGAGUUUCCAAGAUACAAGAUUAUUCAAGGUGCUCAAUUGCUCACAAACCUUGGCGAAUGGUUCAAGACAGGGAAGCUGGACCACGAGUCUUCGCAUCUUCCAAACAUCAUCCUCAGUCCUCUAGUGAUUAUAACUCAUAUCAGCGAAUACAUGAAAUACCUCGAUGUCGCCUCGCCAGAGUCUAGGCAGCAAUGGGAUCAUCCCGGGAAAUCAUCGACAGAAAUCUUAGGGUUCUGUAUGGGAUUCUUGAGCGCACUAGCUGUGUCUAUCAGUAAGGAUCGCCGACAAAUUGAGACAUAUGGCGCCACGGCAAUACGACUGGCAAUGCUCAUUGGAGGAGUUGUGGAUGCACAAGAUGAAUUGGACAACCAGGGACCAUCCAAGUCGUUUACAACGGCGUGGACUUCAUCUGAGGCAGCUAAACAAAUGAGUCAGAUAUUGAAGCGCUUUCCUGAGGCAUAUCUAUCCGUCUCAUAUGACGAACAUCGGGCAACUGUGACCACUGCCGAGAGAACGGCUUCCACUUUACAGCAAGAGCUACGCCGUGUGGGUAUCAUUGCAAAUGAGAUCAGCCUUUACGGCCGCUUCCAUAACGAAUGGUAUGCAGAUGAUAUCGACCGGCUGAUCCAAUUCUGCGAGUCUCAGCCUACCCUGCACCUUCCAGAUGCAUCGGAUCUGAUAUAUCCAACCCGUUCAAACUCGGGGAGCGGCUUGAUUACAAGUGGCGGGCUCAAUGGUCAUGCGCUGCGUACCAUCCUUGUUCAGCAUUCGAACUGGUAUCAGACAUUCAAGACCCUUUAUAAUUCCAAGUUGAAGGGUCAAAAAACGAUAGUUGUAGCGUUCGGACCGGACCGAUGUAUUCCCCCAUCGAUAUUGCGUGAACUCGAGUCAAUUCGACCGCUUACGAAUGCAUCUAAGACCCAGCCAGAGACAAGAAAACCCGAUGAUAUUGCGAUCGUGGGCAUGUCGAUCAAGGUCGCUGGUGCGGAUGAUGUUGCUGAAUUCUGGGACUUGCUCUGCGAAGCGAAAUCUCAGCACAAGGAAGUGCCUCCGGAGCGCAUCAAAUUCGAAAACGCCUGGCGGGAACUCGAUCCAAAUAGGAAGUGGUUUGGAAAUUUCAUCAACGACCAUGAUGCUUUUGAUCAGAAAUUCUUCAAAAAGAACGCCCGGGAGGCUGCUUCCACAGAUCCGCAACAACGGCAGAUGCUGCAAGUGGCAUACCAGGCGUUAGAACAGGCUGGAUACUUCAACUCCCCUGACUCAGAUAAGAAAAUCGGAUGCUACGUUGGUGUGUGCGCUGCUGACUAUGAGAACAACGUUGCUUGUUAUCAACCCAAUGCAUACACUGCAGUGGGCAACCUCAAGAGUUUCAUUGCUGGCAAGAUUAGCCAUUAUUUUGGUUGGACCGGUCAGGGUCUCUGCAUUGACACGGCCUGCUCCUCGUCGUUGGUUGCAGUGCAUCUGGCAUGCAAAUCAAUCCUUAGCGGAGAGUGCAGUGCCGCGCUCGCUGGUGGAGUGAACGUGAUGACCAACCCUUUAUGGUUCCAAAAUUUGGCCGCGGCGUCCUUCCUGAGUCCGACGGGCCAGUGUAAGCCGUUUGACGCCUCAGCAGACGGUUACUGUCGAGGGGAGGCCAUUACUGCCGUGUUCUUGAAAAAGAUGUCAGCAGCGAUUGCCAAUGGCGAUCAGAUUCUUGGGACUAUCUCCGGCACUGCCGUGUACCAGAACCAAAAUUGCACCCCAAUCUUUGUACCCAAUGCCCCAUCUCUCUCCGACUUGUUCCGCGAUGUUCUCGCUCAGUCAAAACUCGAACCCUCUCAAAUUACGGUCGUUGAAGCGCACGGCACAGGGACACAGGUUGGGGAUCCGGCGGAAUAUGACGGUAUUUGUCAGGUCUUAGGAGGCCGAGUCCGUUCUAAGCCCAUUGCUUUUGGGUCCGUCAAGGGACUUGUUGGGCAUACUGAGUGUGCUUCCGGUGCCGUGUCUCUGAUCAAGACUUUGCUCAUGAUCCAACAGAAGGCUAUACCCCCACAGCCUAGCUACAACACUCUGAACCCACAUAUAAACGCCUCUGCUGGGGAUAACAUCGAGAUUGCUACAAAGUUGAUAAGUUGGAAUGACAACUUCCGAGCGGCGCUGAUCAACAAUUACGGUGCGUCGGGCUCGAAUGCUUCCAUGGUGGUGACUCAGGCACCCUCCCUGCCAAUCACGAAUGCCGUGAACAUGUCUAUCAUGAUCGAGUUUCCUUUCAGAUUUUACGGGAAGGACGACCGAGCCCUCCGAGAAUAUAGUGCAAAAUUCCGUCCAUUCCUCCAGUUAAAGGGUAGUAAGGAUUUAUCCGUAGCAAACCUGGCGUUCAAUGUCUCCCGGCAGUCCAACCCGACGCUCGACCGAGCCUUGCUUCUCAGCUGCCGGUCCACGGAUCAGCUAGCACAGAAAUUGGCCGCAUUUGAGAAGGGAGAUAUAGACACCGUGUCAGUCGGGCACCCAUCUCCUAGACCAGUUAUACUCUGCUUCGGGGGCCAAAUCUCUACAUACGUCGGAUUGAGCCGGGAAGUCUACAAGAACGUUAUGAUCCUUCGCACUCAUCUUGACCAGUGUGACGCUGUUUGUCGGUCAACUGGGUGUGAAAGUAUCUUUCCUGGCAUCUUUGAGAGGAUUCCGAUCGAUGAUCCGGUCAAGCUUCAAACAAUGCUAUUUGCCAUGCAAUAUUCUUGCGCAAAGAGUUGGAUUGACUGCGGAGUGCAGCCCGUUGCUGUUGUUGGGCACAGCUUUGGCGAAUUAACAGCGCUAUGCAUUUCCAAUGCUCUUUCUCUCGAUGAUGCUAUUAAGAUGAUUGCUGGCCGUGCAAACCUCAUUAAAAACGCUUGGGGUCCUGAAAAAGGUUCAAUGGUUGCUACCGACGCUGAGCUGCAUGAGAUCGAAAAGCUCUUGGCUGAAACGGGUAUACCUUGCGAAGAAGCAGGGGAGCGCCCACCCACCAUUGCUUGCUUCAACAGUCCCAGGAGUUUCACCAUUGCCGGUUCGUCUAAAAGCAUUGACAUUGUAAUUGAGACGAUUACAAAGAGUUCUACGUACUCGACGAUCAGGUUCAAGAGGCUCAACGUCACCAAUGCUUUUCACUCCGCCUUGGUCGAACCCUUGAUGUCCAACCUGGAGAAAUUUGGACAAGGGUUGACGUUCACUGAGCCCACUGUUCACUGGGAGAGAGCCACUCAAUUUCAGUCGAAUGAUCAGCCGACUUCGAAAUAUGUGGCGAGCCACAUGCGAGAUCCUGUUUACUUCAGCCACGCCAUUCAGAGACUCUCGAAGAAGUAUCCGUCCUGUAUCUGGUUAGAAGCUGGAUCAAAUUCUACCAUCACAAACAUGGCCAGCCGAGCCCUGCAAUCGCCGGAGACGUUCUGCUUCCAACCGAUGAAUAUUGCUAAUGAUAAUGGGUUGCAACAGCUGAUCAACGCGUCUGUCGGUCUUUGGAAAGAAGGCUUGAAUUUCACUUUCUGGACCCAUCACCGGUUGCAGACUUACGAAUACACGCCUUUGCUUCUGCCAUCUUAUCAGUUCGAAAAGACUCGGCAUUGGAUGGAACCCAAGGCUCCACCUAAGUCUGAGGAACCUGUCAGUGAACAGAUACCGGAAGAACCAAAGGGUCUCUGGAGCUUCGUUGGAUACCAAGAUGAUGGAAAGCAAUUCGCUCGGUUCCGCAUAAACACGGUGACUCCUAGGUACCAGGAGUUCGUGUCGGGCCAUGUCAUUGCACAGACCGCGCCGAUCUGCCCGGCCACACUUGAAGUUGACAUCGCGGUUGAGGCACUCAUCAGUCUGUGUCCAGACUUUACAACCUCAAGGUUGCAGCCAAAGAUUUAUAAUGUGGACAAUCAGGCUCCUAUCUGCAUCGAUCCGUCGCGAUCCGUUUGGCUUGAUGCUCAAGCAAAUGAUGCCAGCCAUUGCAAUUGGGAAUGGAAAAUUGUCAGUGACAGCUUGCAGAAUGCAUCGUUGACUGUGCACGUCACGGGCAGAAUUGUUUUUGUCUCCGUCGAUGAUGCGGAAUGGCGACUCGAAUUCUCCAGAUAUGAACGCCUGAUCGGGUAUCACCGCUGUUCGAAUCUUCUUCACAGCGACGAUGCGGACGAUAUCAUUCAGGGUCGUAAUAUUUACAGGGCGUUUGGCGAAGUUGUUGACUACGCAGAGCCGUAUCGCGGUCUGCAGAAGCUUGUGGGCAAGGGUAACGAGUCCGCUGGGCGUAUUACUAAGAAGUACAGCGGCGCGACUUGGCUAGACACACACCUUUCCGACUGCUUCGGUCAGGUUGGCGGAAUCUGGGUCAACUGCAUGACCGACAAAGCUCAGGGUGACAUGUAUAUUGCGACUGGGUUCGAGAAAUGGAUGCGCUCCCCAGACGUCGGUGCCGAUUACAGUCGCCCAGAUGUAUGGGAUGUGCUUGGUAAUCAUCAUCGUGCCUCUGAUCAGUUGUUUCUGACUGAUAUAUUUAUCUUCGACUCGACAAACAGCAAGUUAAUGGAGGUCAUUCUAGGCAUCAACUACCACAAAGUGCCGAAAGCAUCCAUGUGCAAGAUUCUCUCCAGACUCACUGUCUCUGAGCAGUCAGAAAAGACGGCGUCCGUCAAAGCUGAGCCGGUACUGCCUAUGGCAAAUGAUGCCGUAACUCCACAGAAACCAAAGUUGGAUGAGACAGCCAAGCCAAAGAAGAAGGCCUCCGGUGGCCCCGACGUUGUCAUGAAAACCAGGGCUCUCCUCGCAGAGAUCUCUGGGCUCGAACCGGAUGCGAUCCAACCUGAUGCUCAGCUUGCCGACAUUGGCAUUGAUUCCCUCAUGGGAAUGGAAUUGGCGCGCGAGCUUGACGGAAUGUUCAAAUGUUCUCUGCCAAACGAGGAGUUGGUCAACGUGGCUGACUUCAGCGGGCUGGUCCGACUUAUUCAAGACACCCUGGGUCUGGCAGCUGAUAGAGAUGGUGCUGACCUAACUGAAGGGGGAAAUCCAUCCGAGAGCAGUCAAAGCGAUGCCAGUUCCAUACUCACUCCUUCUCACACCGUCUUGACGUCGGUUUCGGACGCAGAAGACAAUACGAUGAGUGACGAAAAUUACAAUACUACCAAGGGACAUCUGACUGGCUCAAUCUCUCCUGGACCCGGUGACAACCUUGAACUACCUUCUUCCAUGAUUAUUGAAGCAUUCGAAGAAUCCAAGAGGCUUACGGAUCAGUUCAUUGCCGACUACCGAUGUGCAGGGUACAUAGAUACGGUCUUACCGAAGCAGACGCAACUCUGUGUUGCGCUGACUGUCGAAGCAUUCGAGCAGCUGGGUUGUCCCCUCCGCGCGUCUAAAGCAGGGCAGAGAUUGGAACGGAUUGAAUAUGUUCCCCAGCACCAGCGGCUGGCGGAGUAUCUUUACAAGAUGUUGGAACAAGAAGCACGACUGAUUGAUAUGGACGGUUCGCAAAUCACACGCACUGCCAUCACAGCUCCUUCUAAGACCAGCGAGGUGAUUCUGGCCAACCUCCUGCAUGACUAUCCCGACCAUGAAUGGGCAAAUCGACUCGUCCACUUUGCUGCUAGCAGGUUGGCGGAUGUAUUGACCGGGAAAUGUGACGGGAUCAAACUGCUAUUUGGUACCGAUGAAGGAAGGGAGUUGGUUACCGGGCUGUACGGUGAUUCGCUUCUGAACAAGUUGGCCAACGCGCAGAUGCAGGACAUUAUUACCCGACUUGCGUCUAGGAUCCCGAAAGAUAAGGGCCCCUUGAAGAUCUUAGAGUUGGGAGCUGGCACUGGGGGAACGACCAAAGGGAUGGCUGCAUUGCUUGCCCAGCGGAAUAUCCCGGUUGAGUAUACAUUCAGCGACCUCUCCGGAUCCUUUGUGGCGGCUGCCCGGAGAAACUUCAAGGCCUAUCCCUUCAUGAAGUUCCGCGUUCAUGAUAUUGAGAAGCCUCCAGCCAACGACCUCCUCGGCACUCAACACAUCAUCAUAGCCAGCAAUGCCAUCCACGCUACGCAUAGCUUGACGGAGUCCACCAGAAACAUCCGCAAGGCUCUGCGUCCGGAUGGAUUCCUUAUGAUGCUGGAAAUGACCGAGCCGGUGUACUGGGUGGAUCUCAUUUUCGGUCUAUUUGAGGGUUGGUGGCUCUUCGAAGAUGGACGGCAACAUGCAAUUGCACAUCAGUCAGUCUGGGAGCGGGACAUGCAGUCCGUGGGGUACGGUCAUGUCGACUGGACCGAUGGUCAUAGCCCUGAGAUCAAAAUACAACGGAUCAUUGUGGCCUUGGCUUCUGGACCUCAAUAUAGCCGUCAGCCCCCUGUCCGGUUACCGGCAAAGAGUGAACCUGUUCCCACUGCAGCCCGCAAAGCGGCCGUUGACGAUUAUGUCCGGAAGUACACCCAUGGCUUUGCUGCCCCUGUUCCUUCCAGCUCGACUAGCCCUCCGAGUGUCUAUGAACAGUCCGUGCUAAUAACCGGAGCAUCGGGAAGCUUGGGGACUCACCUAGUUGCUCACACUGCUACUCUUCCUCAUGUCAAAUCGGUGAUUUGCCUCAACCGACGAAGCACAACGAAACCAGAUGUUCGUCAACAUCGGGCUAUGGAGGAGAAAGGUAUACUCUUCGACGCGGCAUGCCAGUCGAAGCUGCAGGUGUUGCAGACUGACACCAGCAGACCGAUGCUAGGACUGGCUAGGAGCGAGUAUGACAGUCUCCUCAAUACCGUCACUCACAUCAUACAUAAUGCAUGGCCAAUGACUGGGAAACGUCCUCUGUCGGGAAUGGAGUCACAAUUUCAAGUCAUGCGUAACCUCAUCGACUUUUCACGAGAUAUCUCGUCCCGGCGUCCGAAAGGGUUCACGCUCAGCUUCCAAUUCAUCUCUUCCAUUGCCGUUGUUGGGCACUAUCCUCUCUGGAGCGGCAACGCGGUAGUUCCCGAGGAGAGAGUAACUAUCGAGUCUGUCCUUCCCAACGGUUAUGGAGAUGCCAAAUUCAUCUGCGAAAGAAUGCUCGAUGAGACUCUGCACAAAUGUCCAGACCUAUUCCGCACUAUGGCUGUACGCCUCGGACAGAUCGCCGGCUCGAAGACCAGUGGGUACUGGAACCCAAUGGAGCAUCUCUCGUUCUUGAUGAAGUCAUCGCAGACGUUGAAAGUGCUGCCAGAUUUUGAUGGCGAUCUCUGCUGGACUCCGGUCGAUGAUGUUGCAGGUACAUUGAGUGACCUGCUCCUUUCCGAGCGCACUCCGUAUCCAAUCUACCAUAUCGAUAACCCGGUGCGUCAGCCCUGGCGCGAGAUGAUCCCGGUCUUAUCAGACGCGCUCAACAUCUCGUCGACCAACGUGAUCCCCUUUAAGCAGUGGGUCAGACGCGUGCGCUCCUUCCCCGGCGCGAUCGAAAAGGAUAAUCCUGCGGGCAUGCUCAUCGACUUCUUGGAUGACAACUUCCUUCGCAUGUCUUGCGGGGGCCUUUUCUUGAGCACAGCCAAGACUCGCGAGCAUUCCUCAACCCUGGCGGCUGUAGGACCGGUGAGUGCAGAAGUGGCGAGGAAGUACAUCCAGGCAUGGAAGGACAUGGGUUUCUUGCACGUUUAA